GCACAAACACACCGGAAGUAACAGUUAGCCAUCGUAGCAUUUGUUUUCACUUCGUCAACAGAAGUAGUUGAAGUCCAGACAAUAUUUACAAUAUAAACCACACAAACGCUCAUUCGUAAGUGUUAGCACGAUAAGACUCCUCGUGUUGUCAGGUUUCUUGAGAAGGUAAAGGAAACACAAGUAAUAACACAUCCAACAAUGGACAAUCUCGAAACACCAUACGAAGAGGAAGCUGCAUUUAUUGAAUGCACGGUCUGUGAUAAAUCCAUUCGGGGUGAUACCUUGUUCAAGAUACACCUGACUACACCAGGACAUAUAAAGAAAGAGGAUGCUCUUGUUGCUUCGGGGCUUGCUGUCAGACGUAAAUACGUACCAGUAUUUGAGGACAUAUUGCAAUAUCUGGAUUACAUAAAGCUUCAUGAGCCCAUCAUUGGUUUGGACUAUUUGGACACACUGCCCUGGGAUGAAUUACAAGUAUGCCCCAGAUACUCAUGUAGGUUAUGUAAACAUCAGAAUUCAAGCCUACUGGAAAUGGUCCAUCAUGUGAUUGGACGUAAACACAGGCAGAGAUAUAUGGAAUUGAAACGUCCAGACUUGGCGACCUGGAAUAAACAAUCAAUAAUGACCCACGGAGGAAAGAUCAUACGAGCCAGAGCGGAGAUCAUCGAGAGACAGGAUGGACGAGGAACUCCAAAGCCUUUGGGGAUAGAGGGCAAAUCAAACAUCUCAAGAGGUCCCCCAAGGCAAGAGCAAAAUAGGGGCCGAAACAUCUCACACACCCCACGAGAUGUGCCGUCACACCUACCAAAACUGAAGGACUUUCAGGAUGAGUACUCUCACCCAGAGAGGUGUCCCCCAGGUUACCCAAAUACACCCCCAUUCCAUCCAGAAGACCCUUACAUAUUGAACAGAGACAGACCGAUAUACCAGGAGGAAGACUCUCUCCGCCAUGACCGCAUGGAAGACGAGCUGUGGAGGGCAGAUUACAGGCAAAGUGAUAUGCACAGACGAGAGUACAUGGAGCCCGAGUACAAAGAGGAAUUUGUGGAAGAUCGACAAAGAAGAGCCGAGUCUGAGUCUGGUGGUGUUCCCAUGUAUGAUUCAUGGGAGCAAGCGCCCUAUGGCCAGGCUGAGCAUUACCCAGAAGAGGCUCCUCCUUACAGAAGGCCUCACCCUGAAAGAGAUUCACUGAAAGAGUUCUACACUGAGGAAGUUAGGAGUAGGCAAGUCCGCCCUGCCGAGUACCCGCCCUCGCAGCCGGUGUACCCAGAAGGUGAUGAGCACCGGUGGUCUCUGGAGAGGGACUCUGGUAGACAUAACGGCGUGAUUAGAGCAGGCUGGCAGGGAUCGAGGGAACCAGAGGCCAAGAGGUGGAGCCGUCCCACACCUAUGGAGAGUGACCGGUCACAUGACCAUUUGUUUAAUACGAUCAUGGAUUAUUGUCAUGAAAUGGGAGAAGAGGACGCUGGUGCCAACCCCGGGACGAGCAGAACAGGACCGCCCACCUCCCAGAGGAGAGUGGAAGUUACCAGAGCCUUGUCUGAAAUCCCAGAGCCAUUCCGCCGUUUCCUGACAGGGGCUGCUAAUGAUGAGGGACAUAGCAAAAGAAAAAGAAAGAGUCGCUUCUCUGAUGCCACUGCAGAGGAGGUGGAAACGACAAAGGAGAUGUUCAGUGAUGAGUAUGGACCUCCAAAUCGAAAGUUUGGCGGUCAUCCCAGACAAGCUAGACCUGAAAUCCAUGGACCACGUCAUCCCGACAGCAACAUGGAAUCACAGAGCUUUCAUCAUUCUGAGAGCUACCAAAGAGGAGGCUCGGAGUCAAGCCGUGUCUUUGAUAUGCUGGAAAACAUUGAAAUAAAAAAUGCAGAAGAGGCUGACUUCCUGAAGAACAAACUCUGCAAUCUCCUGAAAGAAUUUAAGACCAAGAAAUCUGCAAAAGCUGUGCAAAAUAGCCAAGGUCGAGCAGCUGCCUACAACAGCUUAGACCCGGACCCAGAGCUGUCUCCAAGACACCAGUAUGACACAACCCUCAGAGAAGAUUCAGACCUGAGACGACCAGAAGACCUCUACUUUAAAGAAGAUCACAGAGGAAGAGAGUGGCAGCAGCAUGAGCAUUUCCCCGACAAGCAGCUCCAAGAAUACCACCAUCCUGUACACGGGGAACCCAGACAGUCAAACAGAAGCCGUUAUGAAGAGGUUUUUGGAUUGCCCGGGAAGUCCCGAAAUUCACAUGCUCCCCAUCCAGAAGAGCAAGCACGUUAUCCCCAAAUGUUUCAAGAACCCAUGCACCCUCAUGACUACUCGCCUGCACCUCUGCUCCACAUGGAACGAGGACCCAGGGUGGACAGGGGCCCUCGCUACUCCAACAACUUGGACAAAAUCACCUCUACCCUCCUGGAACUUGUGGCAAGGAAAUAAUGUCCAUAGAAGUUAUGUAAAUAAAACAUCCAUACGAUUAACGGGAUACUUUGGUUUAAAAGUGUGAUGUAAAUUUCUUUCUUCGUAUUCGUUUUUUAUUUAUUAGGGUAAUUUGUGUAAUUUGUGAAAACAUUAAAAACAUUUGUCUACUGCA